CUGAAACAUGGAGAACACCUGCUGUCAGUAGGCUAACACUGGCCGCCAGGUGGAGGCUACCGAGGGGACAGCAGAUAAAUUAGAUUAUUGGAUUGACUGCAACAGAUUAUAGCUUUCUACGUCCUCGAUGCUUCAUAAGAAAACCACAUCAAUCGGAUAAUAUUUCACGCAGAGUUGUUGGAAAUACCAAGACUGGCAGCCAUGCUGACCAGCUUUAUAGAGGGUCUUCUUUGCUGCCUGUCAUCAAAGUCAACCAAUGUGGUUGUUCCUGUAGAAACUUCAGAACUAGCUGAUGGCUAUGAGUUUGUGGAGGUAAAACCAGGCCGUGUCCUCCGGGUUCGACAUAUUAUCCCUGACCGGCCGGUGGUGGAGGAACCCACUGGGACGGGCGGGAUUGUCAGCUGCAAGCGGAAGAUCACAGUAUAUCGAAAUGGACAGCUGUUCAUUGAAAACUUGGGUGAAGAGCAGAAGAACUGCCAGGAUGGAGAGACAGAACCAAACAACCCAGUUGAGGUUGAACUGAGAGACAGUCGUAACUCCUCGCCUACCGUCAGCCUCCCUGAGGCCAAGUCUGAGUCUCCCACAGCUGGAAAAGAGGGGACAGCUGAAACAGGAGCAAGAGAAAAAGCACCGGCUGCUGGACAGACUGAUCAACUGCAGCAACCCAGGAAGAGAAGAUGGAAGCCCAAGCGAACUGUGAUAAUUGACUGUGAGAGGAAGAUAUCAGCCUGUAAAGGGACACAUGCAGACGUGGCUCUGUUCUUUAUCCAUGGAGUGGGAGGCUCACUGGAUAUCUGGGGAAACCAGUUGGAAUUCUUCUCUAAGCUGGGAUAUGAGGUGGUCACCCCGGACCUUGCAGGUCACGGGGCCAGCUCAGCACCAAAGAUAGCAGCUGCAUACACUUUCUAUGCCCUGGCGGAGGACAUGAGACUUAUCUUCAAGAGAUAUGCACGCAAGAGGAAUAUUCUAAUAGGACACUCUUAUGGUGUGUCCUUCUGUACCUUCCUGGCACACGAGUAUCCUGACCAGAUCCACAAGAUGGUGAUGAUCAAUGGAGGUGGUCCCACGGCUCUGGAGCCCAGCCUCUGCUCCAUCUUCAACCUGCCCACCUGUGUGCUUCACUGCCUCUCCCCGCUACUAGCCUGGAGCUUUCUCAAGGCUGGCUUUGCUCGGCAGGGUGCCAGGGAGAAGCAGCUUCUGAAAGACAACAAUGCCUUCAAUGUGUCGUCCUUUGUGCUGCGCGCUAUGAUGAGUGGACAGUACUGGCCUGAGGGGGACGAGGUCUACCAUGCUGAAAUCACAGUCCCUGUCCUGCUGGUUCACGGCCUGCACGAUAAGUUUGUCCCUAUCGAAGAAGACCAGCGCAUGGCGGAGAUCCUCCUAAUGGCCUUCCUGAAAGUCCUGGAGGACGGUAGUCACAUGAUCAUGAUGGAGUGUCCCCAGGCUGUCAACACACUCCUGCACGAGUUCAUCCUGUGGGAGCCGGCCACACUUCCACCUCCAAAGAAAGACUCUAAAACACGUCCAGAAACUGCCAAAGCCCGAACUGAAAACUCAAAGGCUUCAUCUGACCCUUCCAAUGUUCGACCUGCAACUGCAAGGCAGACGUCGUCCAACAGCGGCACAGUGGAGAAACCUGACAGCAAGACCAAGAAAUGACUGAAAAGUUAAGCUGAAGCUUCCAGUGGUUGUUAUACAAUGUCAUGGCUGGCCAUGCACUAUGUGAAUCCUGAAUAUCUUGGACAGUUUAGGCUGUUGCAACUGAAUGUUGGACAUGUGAAAAUUUGACAGAAUCCAGGAUUCAAGUUUGAUCAGUUAUGUCAGCUGAUGAGCUGAGGGACAGAGUAAAAAAGGAGCCCCAUAAUGGAUACCGGAGGUCAACACUUCAGUGUACCGCUCCCUGACCUUAACAUAUAUCAAGAAGAUAUAGCUGUGCCUUGAAGAGAUGGAAAAUAUUAAGCGAUUAGGGCGAGGGGGAAAAUGAACAAAAAACAUAAUUUCUGAUUUUAUUCGACAAACUGUCACAUGCCUUGCUGAAAGUUAUAUUAUUAGAAAGGAUAUCACCUGAUUGCCUGGUCUGACUUUGCCAUUAUUCAGAGAAUAAAGGAAAAAGCAAUGUUAUCUAAUGUAACAUUCUCCUGGUUGACUUCUUCUUACGCUGCCCUACCUAAAGCAGCAGCAAAGCCAAUAAGCCUUAUUGAAACUAGCUAGAUGGAAUAUCCAAACGUAUUAGUCUACUUAAGGUUGAAAGCUAUGGUAAGAAAUUAGUUUUAGAAGCAUUUUUAUCAAUGUUUUGUUUAUAUUCUCUUUACAUCUCAACAGCAAGUAAUAAAGCAAUGCUCUGACAAUAGAAAAAUAUAUAAACACAUUAGGCAGACAACAUUUCCUUGUUGUCUGCUGCCAUGUUUGUUGUUUACAUUAAUUUUGACAAUGUUAUGGGGGUGGCGUUGCUUGCUGGUUUCUCCAAAGUUGCCUACCCAGUUUCAAUUUCAAAUUGUUUCAAACAUGCUGAGCUAGUUUUGGGUGUCUGAGUCUUGAAAUGCCAUACCGCAAAGUGAUACAUUUAAAUCUAUCACCUUUUGUAGAGGUGAGGGCACUGAGGGCACAGAAGGUUUUAUGAAACACAAAAUGGAACAUUAAACAAAUGGGAAGGCAUUUUGAUGUUGGCCAUUGCAUCUUUAAGAGGUGAACCAGGAUAUUAACCCUGCAUUUGCAUUAUAAGUACCCUGACCUACUACUCACCUUAGUGAUGAUUACAGUAGCUGCUUCUUGACUUAACAGAUAAUGAAGGUGAUGUGAAUGUUUCAGUUGUGAAAGUUUAUCAAUUGAAAAGUGUACUGAUAAAGACAGAAGUUACAUUUUAUUUGCUGCCCCCAAUAUAAUUCUUUAAAAUGUGUGUUCAGUCGAGUGAAUACUGUUAAUGUAGCAGUAGUUGAGGCUCAGCAAUGAAUCAUAACUUUAUAUGGAGAAAAAAGGCCAAAUUCUUUAUACCCAUCACUUGAACAUGAUGGGAUGUUAAUCAAUAAUAAGACAGCUUGUAUUUAGAUGCUUCAGUGAAGCGUAAAACCAAAGUUUAUCAGACAAGCUACAUCAAACUAUGGUUGAAACCCAUUUCAAGAUAUUCAACUAUCAUUUUUGCCGUGCAGGCUACUGAUUGGUACUGAGAAUAUGUUAUGUACUGUGUUAUCAACUUCCACAUGGUACAAGAAAGCACUUGUCCUUCGCUCCCCUUCAGUAAUCCAUUGUGUGUGCAGCUGUUUUAUAAUGAAUUAUAAUGAUUUCAAAUUCUUAUAAAUAAAUAUAAGGCAUUUAUAUCUUACCAAAACGAUGCUAUUCAAUGUUUUUCACAUCGAGAAGAUAAGUCAAACUGCAAUAGGUUAGUAGUAGAAAACAGUAUUUUGAUUCAUUAUUUUGUGAGUCUAAUGUACAGUACGGUACAUUGACUUAUGUAUCCAUUUAGCUAUUAGAUCCUCUGUGAUUAUUUUUUUUACCAAGACAUUAAGGUAGUCUCUAUGGGACUUAAAAUAGUGUCUCAUGUUCUCAGUGCUGUGAGUAGAGAUGUUUUUUCUUUGGCUCAACAGUAUUUUUAGUUUUUUAUACAUAGAUUUGUCUUUUUAUACUUUUCUUUUUCUAAUUGUGAUGAAUGUUUAGCGCUCGAAAAGACAUUGUAGCAAGGAAUUCACGCAAUCAACUGAAGAGACAGCUCUGAUCAGAUUUGCUUUGAGACUCAUGCUCACAACAGUUUAUCAUUGAUAAAAUCAAGUUCUAACCUUUUUUUAAAUUAAAGGUGAUUUGUUUAUAAAGUAUGAUUUUCCCCGAAUGUUGUUGAAUGAGUUGUGUCUUAAACGUGUUGAUUGUUUGCCUUAGAUAAUGAUUACAUAUACUUGAUCAGUUUAUCAAAGUAAACUAUUGUACAGUACAACAGUUUUUUCCUCUGUCUUUCAUAUUUCAUAAUAUUUAAAUUUAUUACAUAUUUUCAUUGGCUUCCCUGCCCUUUUCAAACCUUUUUAGGUGUCUUUUUUAGUGGGUUUGCUGAGGUGGCACUAUUUCAGAAACUGCUAAACCCGGUUACCAGUUGUCCGACAGUCUGGUAAGCCACUGACAUCAAUCCAAUGAAAGUGUUCAAUGGUAUUCACAUUUGUAAA